UCCCCAUUGGCGCGCGCCGCGCGGCCUCCCGCUCGGUUUAUGUGAGCGGAUUGAGUGAUUGACUUUAUCAGUCCAAGGACAUUACUCUGGAGGCGAAGAGGCUGGGACGCGCGCCGGCCGCGAUCGGCGAGGAUCGAGCCUGCCUCCAGCUCACUGCUCCUCAGCGCAGCCCAGCCGGGGAACGGGGGGCGGUGCGGAGGGAGCCUGCUGGCCCCGCGGCCGUGCGCUCUCGGGGAAAGGAGGGGUGCCCGGGCCAGGCUGGGCAAACUCCGCCCUCCACUUAUUAUUUUGCUUAUUUUUCUUUGUGCGCGCCGGUUAGUUUGUUAAACCAGAUCUAGUCCCAGAUCUUUUCUCCUCCUCCCUCCUCCUCCUCCCCCGGCGGCUCCCCUCUCCUCUCCUCUCCUCCCCCCUCUCUUCUCCUCUCCUCUCCGCCUGCCCCUUCUACUUCCCCUCCUCCUCCUGCAGGAGACUCUCGCCAGCGGCGGAAAGUUGCAGCCCCUGGUGCCGCCUCUGGAGUCUCCGGCAGUGUCCAGCCGUCUCCACCUUUCUCGGUCGACGGCACUUCGGAGAUCGCCUCCUUCGCCCCCGGCCGCCCGCUCGCCUUUGACCAGCACGCACCACCCAUGACGAUGCUCCUGGACGGAGGCCCGCAGUUCCCCGGACUGGGAGUGGGCAGCUUCAGCGCCCCGCGCCACCACGAGAUGCCCAGCCGCGAGCCUGCGAGCCUGGGGCUGAAUCCCUUCGGGGACUCGCCCCACGCCGCCGCGGCCGCCGCUGCGGCCGCCGCCUUCAAGCUGAGCCCCGCCACGGCGCACGAUCUGUCUUCGGGCCAGAGCUCCGCGUUCACGCCGCAAGGCUCGGGUUACGCCAACGCCCUGGGCCAUCAUCACCACCACCAUCACCACCAUCACCACGCCAGCCAGGUGCCCAGCUACGGCGGGGCCACGUCGGCCGCCUUCAACUCCACACGCGACUUUCUGUUCCGCCAGCGCGGCUCGGGGCUGGGCGAGGCGGCCUCUGGCAGCGCUCAGCACGGGCUGUUCGCCGGCUCGGCCAGCAGUCUGCACGGGCCGGCAGGCAUCCCCGAACCCCCCGGGUACCUGCUCUUCCCCGGGCUGCACGAGCAGGGCGCCGGCCACCCGUCGCCCACCGGGCACGUGGACAACAACCAGGUCCACCUCGGGCUACGCGGGGAGCUCUUCGGCCGGGCCGACCCGUACCGGCCCGUCGCCAGCCCCAGAACGGACCCGUACGCUGCGGGCGCGCAGUUCCCGAACUACAGUCCCAUGAACAUGAACAUGGGCGUGAACGUGGCGGCCCACCACGGGCCCGGCGCCUUCUUCCGUUACAUGCGGCAGCCCAUCAAACAGGAGCUGUCGUGCAAGUGGAUCGACGAGGCGCAACUGAGCCGGCCCAAGAAGAGCUGCGACCGGACCUUCAGCACCAUGCACGAGCUGGUGACACAUGUCACCAUGGAGCACGUGGGGGGCCCGGAGCAGAACAACCACGUCUGCUACUGGGAGGAGUGUCCCCGCGAGGGCAAGUCCUUCAAGGCGAAGUACAAACUGGUCAACCACAUUAGAGUGCACACGGGCGAGAAACCCUUCCCGUGCCCCUUCCCGGGCUGCGGGAAGAUCUUUGCCCGCUCCGAGAACCUCAAGAUCCACAAGAGGACCCACACAGGUGAGAAACCUUUCAAAUGUGAAUUUGAAGGCUGUGACAGACGCUUCGCCAACAGCAGCGACCGCAAGAAGCACAUGCAUGUACACACCUCGGACAAGCCCUACAUCUGCAAAGUGUGUGACAAGUCCUACACGCACCCGAGCUCCCUGCGCAAGCACAUGAAGGUUCAUGAAUCUCAAGGGUCAGAUUCCUCCCUGCUGCCAGUUUCAGGCUAUGAAUCUUCCACUCCACCCGCUAUAGCUUCUGCAAACAGUAAAGAUACCACUAAAACCCCUUCUGCAGUUCAAAGUAGCACCAGCCACAACCCUGGACUUCCUCCUAAUUUUAACGAAUGGUACGUCUGAGGACAAACACAAACACACACCCUGUUCGCUAAACUGUAGAAUGGACCAAAUGCGUUUUCAAAAGAAAACUGAGACCAAUCAGAUGGAAAAAUGGAGUGUUGAGGCGAAAGGCCAUUUAUAGGGGCUGCAUCUAGAUAACUGUAAUUGUCUAGGAAGGUUUGGGGGCACGAUCCAAAAGCAGCCAUGCCCUUUCUCAGGAUUAGAAAAUAUGUUUUGGCAUUUGAAGGAUUAAAAAAUCUUUUCACUGCUUUUCCCCCCCCUCCUUUUUCUCUUGCUCUCUGCACACCCAUCCCUGAAUCCCUUCAGUUCAUUUUCACACUUGUCCUGUUUCUUGAGCGGAAGUUAUAGAAGGCUUGUUGUUGGUUGGUGAUGUUAAACUGAUGGAAAUCCUUCGCCUUAGUGGUGAUUGUUGAAACUCUCACAGUCUUAAACCGUGCCAAAGUCCUGUUAUGUCUUGAACUUUUCCUCAAAAGCAUUACACUUGUGAAUGUAUUUUGUCUAAUGGGGUCGAAACUGUUGUUCAGUAUUUUUUCAGGCUGAGGAUGUGAUGUUACUCUACACAGAUUGUGACGUUUAGUAUACAGUUGCCUUUGUAAGAACUUUUUUGUAAAUACAUAUCCAUUGAUGCCAUAUUUAUCGUUUGUAAUUUAAUUAUUGCUACAAGUGCCGGGAACUGAACAAUAUUUAUGGAUAAAUGUUUUCUAACAAAUUCUGUACAGCUUUUGAUUAUAACUGCUUUAGCAUUAAAAUUUUAUUGUUUUGAAAGAAGACCACAAUUUACAAUUUUUGAACCACUGACUCCUUUCUCUUGUUUUGUAACAGCCUCCUUCUGCAAAGAGGAGAUGUGUGCAAAUGAAGUCUUGUUUGUUGGUAUUUAUAACUCAAUCAGAUCCCUUUUUUAAUUGUUAAAUUAUUUUUCUAUUGCAGUAUAGAUUCCUUACAGUGUCAGUUUUCAUCUGAGAAGACCUUCCUUUCUUUUUCUGUAGCUCAGAUGGUUGAUUAACUUCGAGUUUAAAUGUGUUUGUCCUGGAUUUUCGGCAUGCAAAUCAAAUAUUACUGAUCCAUUCAGUUAGUGGCCAUGACAUCUCAAUCUUGUGCUUCAAAGACUGAGAGAGGCCGGAUUUUAUCAGCCCUGCCCUACAUAUAUACACAUAAGGUAACCUAAUGAGUUAUAUGUCCCUUAGUUUUUUAUUACCUUACAUAAAAAAUGAACAUUGUGGCAGGAUGCAUGUCUGUCUGUUAAAUCGAGAGACCACUCAUAUAACUAUAUAUGUUUGUAUCUAUGACUUAUCUAAUCUGCCUAUCAACUCUAUCUAGCUAUCUAUAUAUUUUCAGAAGUAAGUGUGUGUCUGAAACCGUGGUAAAGAGUAAGGCCAUUGAGCCGUGCUUACUUAUGGUUAAAGUGCUUCUUAAAAGAACUCUAGCCCAUUGACAAUUUUGGAAGGCGACGGCUGAUUUGUUUUGCUGUAUAUAGUUCAAUUAAUAAUUAUCACAAGUAUUCAUAACAUUUUUAUAGCAGUGUGACAACUGCAGCGGUUCUGAAAUAUUAUGGAAAGAAAACAUUUGCAAAAUAUGUAUUUUUAAAGUUCAUGGUUUAUAGGCAAAGAUGUUAAGAGCAUUGUUUCCAUUAAAAUCAAUAACAAUGAAAAAUGGUUGUUGGCUUUGUGAUAAAAUAUUAACAAAUCCCUUUAAUCUCCAGAGAAGAAACUCAUUUGGAAAAGCAGUUAUCUUUCAGUUGUUAUGUGGGAAAGAAACUGAGUAC